CUUUCUAAUUCCUCUCUCUCUCUCUCUCUCUCUCUCUCUCUCUCUCAUUCUCUCUCUACUUUGUAGCCAACACGUAGGAUCAACCACCUGUGUAACCAUCCCUCCAAACUCCCCAUCUCUCCCUCUGUAACGGGACCAAGAAGCCUCUUUCCUCUCCUUCUUUUCCAACUACAAGAUUUAACAGAAGUAUCCUUUCCUUCUCCUUCUUUAUAACUAUCCGUCCUCUCCCACAUCCAAAUCCUUCUUUAUUUGGUUGAUUCUUCAGUAAGCAAAACCACUUCUUCAUACAUAAAGUUAUGAUCAAUCGACUAAAACCCUAAUUCGAACCUACAUACGUACUCAUCUCCUAUAUAUAUAUAUAUAUACAUAUAUCAUUUCAUCAACAUACAGAAACAUAAUUUCUUUGUUCAAAUGUGCACUAGAGGCCACUGGAGGCCAGAGGAGGACGAAAAGCUAAAGGAAUUGGUGGCAAGGUUAGGCCCUCACAACUGGAAUACCAUCGCGGAGAUGCUUCAUGGUAGAUCAGGAAAGAGCUGUAGGUUGAGAUGGUACAAUCAACUAGACCCAAGAAUAAACAGGUGCCCUUUCAGUGAAGAGGAAGAAGAGAGGCUUCUUGUUUCACACAGAAUUCAUGGAAACAGGUGGUCGAUCAUAGCUCGUCUCUUCCCUGGGCGCACAGACAACGCAGUGAAGAAUCACUGGCAUGUAAUCAUGGCAAGAAGAUCACGUGAGAGAUCUAAGCUUCAGCCAAAGCAGCCUUGUAUAUCUCAAGAGAGUCAUCUUAUAAGGAAAGAGAAGGAGAAGAUUAUGAAUUUUGAAUUUUCGAAAGGGCUUUUAUUUUCAAGCUUGAUAGGGGGAGGAAAUAGUGGAACUUUGUAUGGUUAUAAGCAACCAAUUUCUCAAAGCCGAGAAGAAUAUAACUGUUGGCCUAAUUUUCAUGAAGCAGAAGGAGAAACAAGUAGGGAGAGCUCGAUCGAGUUUUAUGACUUUCUGCAAGUGAACAGUGAUUCUAAUGAAACGGGGGAGUGCUCGAGGAGAGAAGAAGAGCAAGACCAGCAUGAGAAAGAGCAGCAGAGCGAGGCUGGAGUUCCAUUCAUAGAUUUUUUGGCUGUGGGAUCUUGACUGAACUUUGCAUGGCGUCGUUGGCGGUAGCAGAAAAUAUAAUUUUACUUUUUUUUUUAUUUAUUUAAACAGAUAUCAUGCACGGUUAAGAUCCUAACAUAGCUAGAGCUUAUACCAUAACUCUCGAUCAUCUCUCUCUCUAUAUGCUUAGUUAGGUUGAAGGAUUCUCAAAGAAAACUGAGAAUUGGCUAAACCAACUUUUCCUUCGCACUGUUAGAAUUUGGUGAAGAAAGGAAAAGCAUAAUAAAGCCUUGUGCUUAUAAAUUGUCUAUGAGCAAAAUGUAAAUUAACUUAUGAAAUUAUAUAUCUUUGGAUAUUGGAGAUGAA